AUGAUAUUGCUGAGCUUAAAAUUAGGAUGGUUAAGUCAUUACAAGAUGGUUUGCCAACCCGUGGACGACGGUCCGAACAGUAUUGAAUUUGCCUGGAAAGUUUGUUACACGUACUUUCUAAUCAACAUAAUUGACUUACUCGACACGGUAUUUUUCGUCUUAAGAAAGAAACAGAAUCAAGUAACAUUCUUACAUGUCUAUCACCACUUUGGAAUGGUUGCUGUCGCUUGGGGUAUGGUAAAAUGGGUACCAGGUGGGCACAUGACGUUUCUGGUCCCCAUAAAUUCAUUCGUUCACAUAAUAAUGUAUACCUAUUACUUCCUGACUGUAUGGGAUGAAUCCUACAAAAAGUCAAUGUGGUGGAAGAAGCACGUUACACAAAUACAAAUCAGUUCAAGAACUCUAUGGUAUGUCGUAAGACAUUCCCAUGCCCUAUCAAAAGUGAGAAGAUUGAAGGAUGAUACUUUAUUCAUACGCAUUAUUGAUAUAUUUCAGUUACAAUUCUCCAUACUCCUGCUACACUUCCUGAUGCUCGUUGUAGCCAACGACUGUACGUUCCCCAGGCAGCCUGCUUACAUACUAAUUCCUCAGAAUCUCUUUAUGGUCAUUUUAUUUAGUGACUUCUAUUACAAAACUUAUGUUAAAAGCAAGAAAAAUAAUUAUGUAAAGAGCAACUAA